AUGACUUCUACCCAUGUGGAGGUCAAUGUUCAACCUCAAGAAGAGGUAGACUUGACCGAUGAUCAAGUUCAACAGCUACUGCUUGAAGCAGAAAGCCGCCUCCGUGGCUCUGACCUUCAACUCGUUCAAGACUCUGACAUUGCGUCUAUAAGAGUGACCCGAACUCAUGGGACUGACUCUGUUUACGAUAGUAUCCCUAAACUGACACCAGGCACCACGUUGGAGCCUUAUGUUCGUCAGAGUCAUGACUUUGCAACUGCCGAUACGGCUCAGCUGGUUGAUCAGAAACAAAAAAAGUUGUCUAAUUCUCUACACUUGAUUCAGCAAGCCAAGAAGUCUACUAAAGACAAGGCCACUGCUGGACCCCAGUGGUUCGACCUCCCCAAGACGGAAUUGACCACUGAACUCAAAAGAGAUCUGCAGUUGCUACGAAUGCGCUCUGUACUGGAUUCCAAGAGGCACUACAAGAAGGAGAAUGGCAAGGCAAAGCUUCCUGAAUUUUCCCAGGUCGGAACCAUCAUCGAAGGUCCUACCGAAUUCUUCAGCGGCCGCAUCGCCAAGAAAGACCGCAAGAAGACUUUUGUUGCAGAGGCCAUGGCCCUGGAGCGUCAAACAAGACGCUUUGAGUCCAAGUAUCGUGACAUUCAAAGCACCAAGCAAAGUGGGAAAAAGGCUUUCUACAACAACCUGAAAGCAAAACGAAACCGGAACAACAAGUGA